AUAAGCAAAUUCUGUGCAUAAGGCAUAGAAACAAUUAGAAAGACUUUUUAUCUGCAAUUAUCGAUGAUUGAAUGUUUUGUUUUUAUUUUUCUCUGUUUCUGACAUAUGACAUGAUAUUAUUGGUAUUUGUAAUAACUAGUUCGAUAAGGGACGAUUUAAAAAACACCAAAUGAAGAGAAGUAAUAAAAUCUGUUAAAAACAAAGGAUUCAAGCGUGGAAGCCUUAAAAAAACUCCUAAAAAUGUGGGAAAUAUCAAAAUUCAGUAAUUUACAAGACAAGGAUCUUAUAUUCCUUUCUUUGAUGAGUGAAUGUAAAAAUUUAGCACCAGGAUCUCGACUUUCUUGUCCUUUAAGAAGUAAACUUUCAAAGUUAUCGAUACAAGAAAGAUCUGAAAUUGUUAAUAGAUUGGACGCAGGUUGUACUCCUUUGUUUGUAGUUUGUAGAAGAGGACAAGCAGAAAUUGUUGAAUAUCUUAUUAGUUAUUGCAAUGCAAAUAUAGAGCAAAGAGGAUUAUAUGAAGUUGCUGAUGACAGGUCAACCCACAUGGUAACCCCUCUUUGGUGUGCAGCAGUAUCAGGAAAAUUGAAAGUUGUUGAAUUACUUCUAAAUCAAGGAGCAAACAUAAAUGCAGUAUCUGAUACUGGUUCCACACCAGUUCGAUCGGCCUGUUUUAUGACUCAUGUCGAAGUUGUGAAGUAUUUGGUGGAACAUGGAGCUGACAUUAACUUGCCUAACUAUAAUGGUGGUACGUGCUUGAUUAACUCGGUCCAAAGCUGUCUUCUAUGUGAAUUUUUAUUGAGAAAUGGUGCAGAUGUUAAUGCUAGAGAUAUACAAAACAAAACAGCUUUACACUAUGCUAUUCAAGAACACAGGUUAGAAACAACUAGACUUCUAUUGAAGAAUGGAGCCAACAUUUAUGCAAAAUCUAGAUAUGGUGAUGAUGCCUUGCAAACAGCGUGUUUGAAAGGUGCAGGUCGAAUAUUUGAAUAUCUAACUUCUAAUUUUUCCUAUAGCCCUGAAAAAUUAGCCAAUGCACAUGAACUGCUUGGUGCAACUUAUUUGGAUGAGCAUAAUGAUACAUUCAAAGCUAUGCAGUAUUGGAAAGAGGCUAUAUUGAUAAGGGAAACUAAUGGGUUAUUACCUAAACAACCGGUGAUGCCUGUGUUAGAAAGUUAUAGAUAUCAAAAAGAGUUUGGAUCCAUGGACGAACUAGAAAAUAUUAGUGGAGAUUUGGAUGCAAUUCGUAUACAAAGCUUAUUGAUCGCAGAAAGAAUUCUGGGUUCCAAUCAUAAGGAUACAAUAUUCAGAUUGAUGUAUCGAGGUGCGUCGUAUGCAGACAUGAUGCGUCAUCAACAUUGCAUCUAUCUAUGGCGUAGAGCACUGGAGAUACGAACCAAGAAAGAUUCGAUUCUUUAUUCAGAUACGUGCUUCACCGCUCAAGCUCUUGUCCGACUCAUGAUUGAUUACAAUGAAAAACAGUUGCCUGUUGAUGCAUCCGAAGCAACACAGAGAUUCAUCGAUAUUUUUGAAACAUAUAAGCUGUUAACGGAUGAUAUUGUAGAGGUCAGGAACUUACUGAUGAUACGUCCGGUGUAUAAAAGACAAGCGGACUUUUUCGACAAAGUCUUGAGAUGUAUUACGCAUCUGAUAUUCUUACUGAAUUCAACUGCCUUUUGCGAGGAACAAAGAGAAUUGGUGGAGAAGGAAGUAAAAUCUCUUGUACAAAUCGAUCCUAAAACUUUUUCGACCCAAGACAGUCUACUGCAUUUAUGCGUUUCGAGGAACAACACCAUAUGGUCAAGUUAUUUCAUAGAUGAAGAUCCAGUUACUAUAUUCCCUAGAAAAAAAGUCAUGGAAUUGCUUUUAAGAAAUGGAGCUUCGGUGACGGCUGCAAAUAAAGAUGGAUCUAGUCCUUUACAUAUAGCGGCAUCCUUUAAGGAUCAAGUGAAUUUUGCUCGGCACAUAAAGUUAUUACUGGAGUAUGGAGCUCAUAUAGACCAACCCAAUAAAAAGGGGGUUACACCAGCUGCUGCUAUUAUUGAUUACAAUAAACGAACGACUCCACGAAUUCCAAUUCUCAAGUAUGUAAACCUGAAAUGUUUAUGUGCUUCUGCUAUCACAAAACAUAAAGUCCCGUACAAGAAUCAAAUACCUCGAGCAUUGGAAGAAUUUAUGCAAUUGCACGAAUCGACAUAGGUAAAUGUUGUCAAAUCGAUAAAAUUGUAAAUAAACUUUAUAAUUAUUAUUAUUAAUUGAGAUUGAGCUUAGAGAUUCUUUUGAAAUUUAUUGUGUCCAAAUAAAGAACAUGAAAAUUAUUAAUCGAAUAAUUUAUGAUACGUGAAAUAUAAUGAAAAAAUUACUGUUAUAGUUGAUUAUAGAGCUAUAUAUGUUCCAUGUUGAAAAUGAUUUUUUUUUUAUUGAAACGAGAGAUUUUUUUUAGGCCAGGCUAUACAGUGUGUUGGAUAUAAGAAUGGGAUAGCAUUAGGAUCUAAGAAAAGAGACAAUGGAAAAAAAAUAGUGUAUAUAUUUUAACUAGUAUGCUCCAAGCCAAUCGACCCCAGUUAUAAUAAUACAAAGUCUGGCUAUUAAAUAACUAGAGGGCGCAGAAGAGGGGUGGUGAAAAAACGAGUAGUGCAUUGGGUAUCUAGAUAUCUUGUCUAUGCACGUACCAAAACACGUUCUCGUCACUUUUAUUGUGUUUGUGCAGUAGCGGUUUGAAACAAACGUGUUUUUUUCUCGUGCUCGAAAACCAAGUGUGACGAAAAACAGGAGCAACGUAUCAAUCUCAAAUUUCUCGUUAAAUUGAAAAAAACUCCCACUGAGUGCUGUGAGUUGUUGCAAGAGGCCUAUGAGGACAAUUCUCUAUCUCGUAUGUGUGUUUUUGAGUAGUGUAAGCGCUUCAGUGAGGGGCAAGAGAGCACUGAAGAUGACCAAAGCCCAGGUCGCCCUGUCACUGUUUCAACUCCGAAAACAGUGACUAAACCGUCGAAUGAGCAUCCGGAUGAAAAAUUUGGUUGAUUUUGGUCACUGUUUUCGGAGUUGAAACAGUGACAGGGUGACCUGGGCUUUGGUCAUCUUCAGUGCUCUCUCGGCCCUCACAAAAGCGCUUACACCACUCAAAAACACGCGCACGAGAUAGAGAAUUGUACCCAUUGGCCUCUUGCAACAAUUUAUAGCACUCAGUGGGAGUUUUUUUCAAUUUAACGAGAAAUUUGAGAUUGUAACGUUGCUCCUGUUUUUCGUCAAACAUGGUUUUCAGCACGAGAAAAAAAUACAUUUGUUUCAAACCGCUAUUGCACAAACACAAUAAUAGUGACGAGAAAGUGUUUUGGUACGUACAUAGACAAGAUAUCUAGAUACCCAACGCACUACUCCACCACUUCACCAACCCUCUACGGCGCCCUCUAGUCGCACAGUCUCAUUAUUCAAUUGUCAGACUUUGUAAUUUGUAACGUUGGAUGGAUAAUUUUCUUUUGGGAAAAAAUUUUUUGAGUCAUAGUAAUUUUUUGCCGAAAAGAGAAAAUACAUUCAAAUAAUUAUCUUGAAGAUUAAAAAAAAAUUGUAGAAUGGUUUCCUACUUUUGGACAAUUGUUACUAGGUACAAAUCCGAUUGUAAUUAAUACUGUAAAUACCUAAUUUAGCAAUUAAAUUAACUUUCCAAAAAUAAUUCAUUAUUUUUUAUCGAUAAAAAAAAUUUGAAUCAGUCAUUAAUCCUGUCCCAUAUUUAUCUUGGACACUGCAUAUUUUGGUGGAAUCAGUAACUAGUUCUUGAUGUGCUGUCAUCAACUAAAUUGGUAUAUUUUUCAAAUAUGCCAUAUUUGAAAAUGUUAGAUGUUGGGAAUUCCUGAAAAUAUGUGUAUGUUUCCAACAAAACUGAAAUUAGGUGCAAUAAAAAUUUUUAUUUUGA